AUGGUGCCUGGUGCUGUAGCAAAAACUGAAUUCUCGCUGGCAAGAAGAGAGCCGAAGGAGGCAGAUGUUUCUGUUUUAAGGUUAUUUCUUGGAAAUGUUCACACAGUUUUUGUGUACUCUACUGACAUUCCACAGAGAUGUAAGGAAGAAGGUCAUGGCCAAGGUUUCACUGAUGGGGUAUAUCAAGGGAAACAGCUUUUUCAGUGUGAUGAAGAUUGUGGCGUGUUUGUGGCAUUGGACAAGCUGGAGCCCAUAGACGACGAUGACAAUGGAUUGGAAAGACAAUUUUUCAUAGUUGCAGAAGACCCUGCAAAGUCACUUAUAGAGCUGUCUCCAGACUUUGGACAUUCAUCACCUCCACCACAACCUCCUUCCAUGAACUCCUUAUCCAGCGAGAACAGAUUCCAGUCUUUACCGUUCAGCCUGACCAAGAUGCCCAAUACUAACGGCAGCAUUGCUCACAGCCCACUGUCACCGUCAGUGCAGUCUGUGAUGGGCGAGCUGAACAGCACGCCUGUCCAGGAGAGUCCACCUUUGCCCAUCUCCUCUGGUAAUGCAUACGGUCUAGAGGUGGGCUCACUGGCUGAAGUGAAAGAGAAUCCCCCGUUCUAUGGGGUUAUCCGUUGGAUUGGCCAGCCUCCUGGGCUCAGUGAUGUGCUAGCUGGACUGGAACUGGAGGAUGAAUGUGCGGGCUGUACAGUUGGCACGUUCAGGGGCACGCGCUAUUUCACCUGUGCCCUGAAGAAGGCCCUGUUCGUGAAACUGAAGAGCUGCAGACCCGACUCUAGGUUUGCGUCCCUGCAACCUGUUCCUAAUCAGAUUGAAAGGUGUAAUUCCUUAGCAUUUGGAGGCUACUUAAGUGAAGUAGUAGAAGAAAAUACUCCACCAAAGAUGGAAAAAGAAGGUUUAAAGAUAAUGAUUGGAAAGAAGAAAGGCAUCCAGGGCUAUUACAAUUCUUGUUACUUGGACUCAACUUUAUUCUGCUUAUUUGCUUUUAGUUCUGUCCUGGAUACUGUGUUGCUCAGACCCAAAGAAAAGAAUGAUGUAGAGUAUUAUAGUGAGACCCAGGAGCUACUGAGGACAGAAAUAGUUAAUCCUCUGAGAAUGUAA